AUGACCUCGUUCGACCCUCUAGCUCCAAAUACUGCAUCGUCAUCUAGAGAUACAUCCUCGUUCCGCACUCUCACCCGUGAACGAGCUUUUCGACAUCCACCCAAAGUCGGUUCCGAUGUCCCGGCUCUAGAUACACUUGUCGCACCGCACAUCGACAGCUUUAACGCUCUGAUCGAGGAUGACGCCCAUCCGAACGGCAAAGGGCUCCUGCAAGUUGGCGUGGAGGAUAUAGGCGAAAAGGUUGUCUUUGAUGGACAGUCAAAUGAUACUCUACCAUUUGGGUCAAAGAUCACUUACUGGAUCGACAAGGUUGUACUUGCCAAACCUCUUGUGCCUGAGAAGGACAAGCUCGCCAUGGAGCGUCGCAUAUUCCCCUCAGAGGCUCGAGAGCGGAUGACUUCUUAUCGCUCCCGACUGUCUGUGAAUCUCAAAUGGCGAGUGACAGACGAAGACGGGACUUCGAUAGAACACGAAGAGUUGAAAGAUUGUGGAUUGCUACCAGUCAUGGUCCGAAGUCUUCGCUGUAACAUCCGUGACAUGUCAGCGGCAGAGCUGGUUCGACACGGAGAAGAAUCCUCUUCUUUUGGGGGCUACUUCAUUGUGAAUGGGAACGAAAAGCUCAUUCGACUUCUCGUCCUGCCUCGACGGAAUCAUCCUAUCAACCUCUACCGACCAUCAUUCGCCAAACGUGGGAUAGGUUACACUCCCUACGGCUGUCAGAUCCGAAGUGUCCGACCUGAUCAAACAUCCUGUACCAACACCAUCCAUUACCUCUCAUCAGGAGGGGCCACUCUCCGAUUCGUAUGGCGAAAGGUCGAAUACAUGAUCCCUCUCAUGUUAAUUCUGAAAGGAUUAUGCGAUGCGUCGGACAAAGAGAUUUUUGAAGGAUUGGUUCAGGGCGAAUAUGACAACACGUUCUUGACGGAUCGAGUCGAGUUGCUCCUCAGGAGUCAGAAGACUUGGGGAUUGCAUAUCGGUACUCAGGUCUUGGAUUACCUCGGCGACAAAUUCCGUGUCGUGCUCGGAUGUCCAGAAGAUUGGACAAAUGUUCAAAUCGGAUCAUUCUUGCUUCAAAAGGUGGUAUUGGUUCAUCUACCUGCACCUCGGGACAAGUUCAGAAUGCUCUUAUUCAUGCUUCGCAAGCUUUAUUCCCUGGUCUCUGGCGCGACGAUCGCCGACAAUCCAGACUCGGCUCAGCAUCACGAGGUCUUGCUCCCUGGCUUCCUCUACGGCAUGAUCAUCAAGGAACGUUUUGAGGAAUGUCUCACAGCCGUUCGCGGACAGGUUCUGAGAGACAUCAGAGAGAAGAAGGUGAAAGAGUUCAAGUCUCCGAGAUAUUUCCAAUCUGUCCUCGCAAAGACUAAUUGGGAUGUCGGAGCUCGUCUAGCUUAUUUUCUCGCUACCGGCAAUCUCAUCUCCCCCACGGGCCUGGAUCUUCAACAGACUUCAGGAUACACCAUUGGAGCGGAGAAACUUAACUUUUACCGAUAUCUCAGUCAUUUCCGAUCCAUCCAUCGAGGAGCCUUCUUUGCAGAGCUGAAGACCACGACCGUCAGAAAACUCAUGCCGGAAUCAUGGGGCUUUCUCUGUCCCGUCCACACGCCAGAUGGAUCGCCUUGUGGAUUGCUCAAUCACUUGUCGCACACAUGUCAGCUCAUUACAUCUCAAAUUGACGCUUCUCAUAUCCCUGGUCUUCUCUCUGCCCACGGCAUGACCCAAGCUUUCGCUUCGAACCUCGACGGAAAGCGCAAUGUUGUGGUCCAAUUGGAUGGGAAGAUCAUCGGUUGGAGCUCACCUGCUCAGGCUAAAACCCUUGCCCACCUGUUGCGGAGGCUGAAGACGGAGGGUAACAAGAAAGUCCCAUUGGAUCUAGAGAUUGGCCUGGUUCCAGUUACGAAGGGUGGACAGUACCCCGGUCUGUAUCUUUUCAGUGGACGUGCCAGGAUGAUGCGGCCAGUCACCUAUAUCGCCAAUGGCAAGAUGGAUCACGUCGGAUCAUUCGAACAGGUGUAUAUGGAUAUUGCCUGUACGACGGAAGAAAUCCAGAACAUCUCGACCCACGUCGAACUGGACCCGACAAGCGUCUUGUCCGUCAUCGCUAAUCUUACCCCGUUCUCCGACUUCAACCAGAGUCCGCGAAACAUGUACCAGUGUCAAAUGGGUAAACAAACGAUGGGUACACCGUCUACCGCCCUGAGUCGUCGUACAGACAAUAAGAUGUACCGACUGCAAACUGGUCAAACGCCUGUGGUCCGACCGGUAUUACACGAUCACUACGGCUUCGAUCUCUUCCCGAACGGGACCAAUGCCAUUGUCGCUGUCAUCUCAUACACUGGUUACGAUAUGGAGGACGCCAUGAUUCUCAACAAGUCAGCACAUGAACGAGGAUUCGGAUAUGGAACAAUCUACAAAUCUGAAAUCAUUGAUCUGAAGCAAGAACGCUCAUCCGGAGCUCUUCACUUUGGUCUUGGCAGAGAUGUCAAGGCUACUUCAACGUGGCACGACUUUGUCGGUAAGGAUGGAUUGCCCCAACCCGGAGUCAAGAUUCAAUCUGGUGAUCCGCUCUGCGCUUUCAUCGACGACGUCAGUGGGAAGACCAGAGUCCACAAGUACAAAGGCGAUGAAGUGGCGUAUAUCGACCAAGUCCGACUUCUCGGGUCCGAUGCUGGCGACGCUGAGCUUCAGAAGCUUCACAUCAAGUUGAGAAUCCCUCGUGCACCCGUCAUUGGAGACAAGUUUUCCUCUCGACACGGUCAAAAGGGAGUGUGUUCGCAAAAGUUUCCAGCAAUCGAUAUGCCAUUUACGGAGAGUGGGAUGCAACCUGAUGUCAUCAUCAACCCUCACGCUUUCCCCUCGCGUAUGACGAUCGGUAUGUUCGUCGAAAGUAUCGCUGGGAAGGCGGGAGCUCUACACGGAAUCGCUCAGGACGCCACGCCUUUCAGAUUCUCAGACGCCGAUCGUCCGACGCAAUACUUUGGAGAACAAUUGUUGGCCGCUGGUUACAAUUACGCAGGCAACGAGCCCAUGUACUCUGGUAUCACCGGCGAGGAAUUCACCGCGGACAUUUACAUUGGUCUGGUAUACUAUCAACGUUUGAGACACAUGGUCAAUGACAAGUUCCAAGUCCGGACUACUGGUCCUGUGGACCCAUUGACUCGACAACCAGUCAAGGGACGUAAACGUGCCGGUGGUAUCCGAUUCGGAGAAAUGGAGCGAGAUGCCUUGAUCGCCCAUGGAACGUCGUUCCUCCUCCAAGACAGAUUAAUGAACUGCUCUGAUUACUCGACCGCUUGGGUCUGCCGUAAAUGUGGCAGUUUGAUCUCUCUCGGAUUCGAUGAAGUAGGAGCCAAGGAGGGCAAAGCCGAAUAUUGCAGAGUAUGCGAAGAUGAGCACGGUGACAAGGUCGCUGCGGGAAAGAGACACCAAGUCGUUGUCAAGGGAGAGCGAAAGGGAGAAAUGGAUGUCAUCAGUGUGCCGUACGUGUUUAGGUAUUUGUGCGCGGAAUUGGCCUGCAUGGGUAUCCGUCUGAACGUCACGUUGAGCUAG